UCUGAACUCAAAACAUGAAGCCCUUCAGAGAACUCAGAGGGGAACUCUCAGAAAUAUUUUGCAACGGUUAAGGAAGUUGUGAUGACGUCACUUUUUUUUUUUUUUUUUGCUUGACUCCUCCCCUCACCCUAAUUUCACCUGCUCCCCAGCCAUCGCGUUUACAUUGCUGCCGAGAUUGAAUUUCGAACUAGCCUAAAUAACAACGGCAUAUCCUUCUUUACUGCAUUUAUAAACACUCGCUUGUGUUUUCUUCCCAAAGUUUUGCUACAUUGUGGUUUAAUGUUGAAAUGUGUGCUGCGUUCGCCUGUAAAAGUCGAGUUUGUUUGCAAACAAAAGCCAGCCACGUGGAGAACCUGGGCUACCUGGGAAGUGUAGUUUUCAAAUAGGCGUGGAAAACGCGCUAACACGACGUGUAAACAACAUUACCCACAAUGCACCAGGAACACCAGCUGAGUGCGAGCACUGGGGCAGGAACUUUUUUUGUGUCAAGUAUAAAUAGGUUCUGUGUUUACAGUUAGCUAGAUAGAGCUCUUUGUUGUCGCUUCACAUUUUUUUGUCAAAAUGUACGGACUGAGCAACAGCUUAUUUUCCGUCCCUUAAUUCCUUCAGUAAAGUUAUUUAAAACUAUAUCCAAACACCCUUUUUUGCCAGAAGACACUUUUUUUUUUUUUUUUUAGCUUUCCCACCCGAAAGCGUCCUUUGGAAAACUUCCUGAGCUAUCUUGAGGUUCCGAGGUGUCCAUUGAAGGCUGCAGUCAUGGUGUUGAUUCUGGGCAGACGGAUGAACAGGGAGGACACUGGUAUCAGAGACUCACCAGCUGUCAAACGCAAGGUAUUUGAGGUUGACUCCAAGACCAUAGCGAGCCAGGAUGUGUUGGACUUCUGCUCUGGCUCCUCCCACUCCGAUGGCAUCCUGCAGGUGUUCAAUGAGUUCCGCGACUGCCGCUUGUUCACAGACGUGGUGAUCAGCGUUCAGGGUCGCGAGUUCCCUUGCCACCGCGCCGUGCUUUCCGCCUGCUCUUCUUACUUCAGAGCCAUGUUCUGCAAUGAUCACAGAGAGAGCCGCGAAAUGCUGGUGGAAAUCAACGGCAUUCUGUCCGAAGCCAUGGACUCUUUCCUCACCUACGUUUACACUGGCCGCGCAAAGAUCACCACAGAGAACGUCCAGUUCCUCUUUGAGACCUCCAAUCUCUUCCAGAUCGCAACGCUGCGAGAUGCCUGUGCAAAGUUCCUGGAGGACCAGCUGGACCCGUGCAACUGCCUGGGCAUCCAGCGCUUUGCCGACGCUCACGCCCUCAAGCAGCUGGCCAGCCGCUGCCGUAUUUACGCCCUCGCUAACUUCUCCGAGGUGGCUCAGCACGAGGAGUUCCUCGACCUAGGCAUGGAGGAGCUGGAAGAGUACAUCAACAGCGACGAGCUAUCCGUCGGUAAGGAGGAAAUGGUGUUUGAGGCGGUGAUGCGAUGGGUGUACAGCGGUGUGGAGCAGAGGAAGCCCAUGCUGAAAGCGCUGCUGCACCACGUCCGUCUUCCGCUUUUGCACCCCAACUACUUCGUCCAGACUGUGGAGGGCGACCAGCUCAUUCAGACCGCUCCAGAGUGCUACCAUCUUCUACAUGAGGCCAGACGCUAUCACGUCCUGGGAAAUGAGAUGAUGUCGCCCAGAACUCAACCACGCAGGUCGACUGGCUACUCUGAAGUUAUAGUGGUGGUAGGUGGCUGUGAACGGGUAGGAGGCUUCAAUUUGCCCUACACCGAGUGUUAUGAUCCAGUUACCGGCGAAUGGAAGUCACUGGCCAAACUGCCGGAGUUUACCAAGUCAGAGUACGCUGUGUGCGCCCUCCGCAAUGACAUCCUGGUGUCCGGCGGUCGCAUCAACAGCAGGGACGUGUGGAUGUACAACUCCCAACUCAACCUGUGGAUCAGAGUGGCUUCUUUAAACAAAGGACGGUGGAGACACAAGAUGGGCGUUCUGCUGGGCAAGGUCUACGCCGUGGGUGGCUACGAUGGCCAGAGCCGCCUUAGCAGUGUAGAGUGUUACGACUCCUUCUCAAACCGCUGGACAGAGGUGGCACCCUUGAAAGAGGCGGUCAGCUCUCCGGCCGUGGCCAGCUGUGUCGGCAAGCUCUAUGUCAUAGGAGGAGGGCCCGACGACAACACCUGCUCGGACAAGGUCCAAUGCUACGAUCCAGAGUCGGACACUUGGUUGUUACGAGCCAACAUCCCAAUCGCCAGGCGCUGCAUCACCGCCGUUUCUCUCAACAAUCUCAUCUACGUGUGCGGCGGUCUCACCAAGUCCGUAUUCUGCUACGACCCGGCGGAGGAUUACUGGAUGCAUGUGGUGCACACGUUCGCCAAACAGGAGAGCUGCGGCAUGUCCGUUUGUAACGGUAAGAUCUUCAUCCUCGGCGGCCGGGGCGAAAAUGGCGAAGCGACGGACACCAUCAUAUGUUACGACCCGGCAACGGGCAUCAUCACAGGAGUGGCAGCGAUGCCGCGAUGCAUCUCCUACCAUGGCUGUGUAACCAUCCAUCGCUUCAAUGACAAGUACCAUAGGCCAUAACCAUAAAACACACUUACACUUCAUCACAUCACACGCACAUCAUUCACUUAAUUUAUUUCCUCACAGUCUCAUGUAGCAUUGCGCUGCUAUGAACCUUUAGCUAUUAUAGUCGCUCUGUAUGUAAUCAUAUUAGUGGCCAGAAUGGCAUCAUAAUGUUCACAUUAAUAGCCUCAGAAAAGUCCAAAGAAAAGUCAAGUUUAUUGUUUGCACCCGUGUUUUUUCUACAGUUGUUGUCUUUAUGUUGAAGAGUAACGUUUGUUCAUAACCCCACUAAUUGACAUCACUCCACAGGAACAAUCAACUCAAAUGUUUAAGAAAAACGAUACAUUAAUCAUUAGAAUAUUGAGCAAAGCUAUUGAAAGUAUGCAACCUUAACAAUAACAAAUACAAUCAAUUACAGUACAGGCCAAAAGUUUGGACACACCUUCUCAUUCAAUGCGUUUUCUUUAUUUUCAUGACUAUUUACAUUGUAGAUUGUCACUGAAGGCAUCAAAACUAUGAAUGAACACGUGGAAUUAUGUACUUAACAAAAAAAGGUGAAAUAACUGAAAACAUGUUUUAUAUUCUAUCCAUCCAUCCAUUUUCUACCGCUUGUCCCUUUUGGGGUCGCGGGGGGUGCUGGAGCCCAUCUCAGCUGCAUUCGGGCGGUAGGCGGUGUACACCCUGGACGAGUCGCCACCUCUUCACAGGGCCAACACAGAUAGAUAGACAACAUUCACACUCACACACUAGGGCCAAUUUUAGUGUUGCCAAUCAACCUAUCCCCAGGUGCAUGUUUUAUAUUCUAGUUUCUUCAAAAUAGCCACCCUUUGUUCUGAUUACUGCUUUGCACACUCUUGGCAUUCUCUCGAUGAGCUUCAAGAGGUAUUUUUCCAACAGUCUUGAAGGAGUUAGCUCAGCGAGAAAAUGCCAAGGGUGUGCAAAGCAGUAAGCAGAGCAAAGGGUGGCUAUUUUGAAGAAACUAGAAUAUAAAGAAUGUUUUCAGUUAUUUCACCUUUUUUUUUUAGUACAUAACUCCACAUGUGUUCAUUCAUAGUUUUGAUGUGACAAUCUACAAUGUAAAUAGUCAUGAAAAUAAAGAUUGAAUAAGAAGGUGUGUCCAAACGUUUCGCCUGGAUACAUAUGUCGAUACAAUUCAAAACUAAUUAUUUUUUUAUGUCGAUAUAGUGUGAAAUUUGAAUGAAAACACACAUCAAAAAACUUAAUUAAAAAAAAGUGCAAAUAAUCUUUUUUUUUUUUUUUAUAAAAUAUAUUUUUGAUACUUAAUAAUGGCUGAUGAACAAAAAUAAUGAUUUGAUGCAAUAAAUACAAAGUAAUCACAAUUAAAUGAAAAUGCAAUACAAAUACACUGCAACAAAAGUAAAGGGUAGACAGACACUUAUUAUUAAUAAUAUUUAUAAUGAGAAGUUUUUUUUAACACUGAAGAGUAAAAACCAAUUGUGUAAAUAAGACAACAACUGUUCUGUUUGCAGUCCACGCUGACAUGCAUAAUCAUGAAAAGUAGAAAAAAAGAUCAACAAUGUGGAAAUAUCGUUCCGUUAAUGUGAGAGAGAAAAAAGUCACAAGACGAUAGCCGUUGUUAAAACUCCUUCUUCCCUUUUUAGAUAUUCCUUUCUCUUUUGCAACUUAAGAUAUUUUUCAGCAUUAUCAUUCAUAUUAAGCUCAUUAUUACUGGUAUUUUUUAAUUAAGGUAUGUGUUUUCCCCCAGUUGUAUUAGGUAUGUACACUUAGUAGAUCUAGUCAUUGUUUCAUAGUGUAGCUGGGUAUGAGGUUUUUUUUAUUACAUUUAGUAAGAUAAUUUGUGUUUGUGAGCCUGUAAAUACAGUAUAAUUGUUGUGUUAGUGUAACGUACGUUUGGAUGAAUUAGGCCACUUCCUGUUAACACUUCCCUAAGGCUGGCACCUUUUGACACGGGCACUUGCAUUUAAAAACAUAACUCGGGGUAACCGUGGAUACCUCCAUGUGGGUUUAUGGGUUUACUAGCUCGCCACGGCAAUGUGGGAAGCAGUGCUAAGAAUGGAUGGGCAAGCAAUUAGGUAUGUUUUAAAUACAGAAUAUAAAAUAAUUGGGUUAUAUUUCAAAAAUAUUUUUUUUAUUGAGUUUUAAUGUUGUCUUUUUUAAUCCAAAAAUAUCCGAAACAAGAAAGGAGGGGCAAGAAACCAGGCAUGUUUUAAAUAAAGAAUAUAAAUUAAUUGGCUUAUUUUUGUAAAACAUAAGUUUAAUUUAGUUUUGAAUGAAUUUUUUUGAUCCAACAAAAUAUCUGAAAGAAGAAGUGAUGGGCAAUAAAUCAGGUAUGUUUUAAAUCUGCAAUAUAAAUUAAUUGGGUUAUUUUUUAUAAAAUAAUUAAUUAAGUUUAAAUUUGAGGGGGGUUUUUUCAUACAAAAAUGUCCGAAAGAAGAAUGAAGAAAUUGGGUAAGUUUUAAUUUAAAAAUAAAAAUAAUUGGGCUAUUUUUCAUAAGUAAUAUUUGUAAUUGAGGUUUAAUUUAAGUUUUAUUUGUAUUUAAGAAUAUCAAAAAGUUUUUUUAGGAUCCCAAAAAUAUUUUCCUAAAUGUUCUGAACUCUUGUUUCCAUGCCAAAAACAAACACAUUAGUGGAUGUUUUUGUGGGUGGAGCUCAACUUCCCAUCAUGGUGUUGGAAUUAAUUGAGACUGAAUCAACAGCGCCUCUGAUGGUUACAGCCAGUAGUGCGCUCUGUUUUGAUUGAAACACUUAAAGACAGGAUUAAUCAACAAUCAAAUUCACACAGUUAACUAAUUAUUAUGCCCAUCCCAAUAGUUGUAAAUGGCGUACAGUGAACGGUGUGGUUUAAGGUCAGUAAACGUUUUUACAAUAGUGUUGAUAGGCAAGACAUUGCUGUGAACUUAUUUCUGUUUUUCUUAUAUUUAAAUGUAUCUUUUCAUUUUUGCAUAUUGUGUUUUUAUUGUGUGUAACCGAGAGCCCCAAUAAUGCACUUUGAUAGAGUAGAUGAUAGUAAGCAGUAGUUCUUUUUUUUUUGUUUUUUUACUGUAUCAGUAAAUGUUAUUUGGAAUUGUGUCAUGUUGCAAAAGUCCCGUGACAGCGCCUCCUGUUGACCGCAAUCUGCUAUGGCUAAUCACAAGACCAACAACAGAACAAAGUUGACACGGCCAAAAACACAUCAUCCUCACACAGGAGGCCAACGAGGAGGCAACAAAGUAGUAAAGUAGCGAGGACGGCAAUAACUUUUGCAAGAAUGAAACGUUAUGUUUGUGUGUGCGUCUGGGAUUUCACUGAGAAUUUACUCAACUAUGUCCUCCAUUGUUUUAUUUCUAAAUUUGAUUAUUUUGUAUUUAGACUUUCAUACACGCUUUAAGAAGAUUUACAUUACUGUUUUUGCAUUUGUGUGUUUCACUUUUUGUGUAGGGUGGUGUGUCACUAAAUUUUUCACACUGCGUGCAAAAAGAUAUCAUUGGGAUUUUAAGGCAGUAAGAAACCAACAUGGGUGGAUUUGAUGCUAAUGGGCUUGUGUUUGAUAAGUGUGCCUUUUAAAGAAUAAACCAGCAGGGGAAUAUUGAUGAUUUUUUGAAAAUAUGACCCAAUAAUUAGUUACUACACUUUGUAUGUACGAUGUGCUGUUUUUAAGAUGUUUGUAAGUGUUGACUUGUAUACAACAAACAUCAAUAAACAUUUUUCCUUAUGU